AUGCGAAGUAGGCCGCCCUGUGCGGCCUUGAUUUGUGCCCCACUCGGAAAGGCACUGAUCAGACUUCUUCAUGCAGAGGUCCGUCACAGUCGAAAGCUCACACGCUUAAAGCCCAGCAGCUCCUUCUACAGCGUGGAUAGCUCCUAUGAGAUUCGCCCAAGCUUGAAAGAGCCGCUGGUCCCGGUGACGAUCGAGGAAGAACCCAUUGAGUCCAAUGAGAAGGAGAGCGAACAGGGUCUGGUGGAUGGAAAGGCCGCAGCAGAUGUGGAGAAUCCGGCGCAUGGUGGCGAAGAUGAGGCAGCCGAAGAAGUGGCCGAAGCGGAGGAGAAUCCACAGGAGGCUGCUCAGCGCUCUGACUCUGAAGCAGUCAAGGAGGCCUUCACGCCUUCUCACCUUCAGGUGGGCAAGGAGAAGGAAAGAUCAGCAGAGUAUCAGAGGCAUUUGGAGGAGACCUUCAGCGCCUUCAGCUCGCCUGAGCCCCUCGCGGGCGUCGCGGAGUCGCCGCCGGAGGUCGAGCCGCCCUCGCCGGACUUGGAGUCGCAGGGAACGCCCAAGAUCUGGCUGCCACCAAGGACGGGCUUUCUGGGGUUGUGCUGCCCUACGAGGACACAAGAUUGCUGCCCAAGACCAGAGACAGGAGAUUAG